GGGAUUAAAUGAGAUCUAUCGCAACAGUAAAAUGCCCAGGACAAUGGCAGAACCUCGUUUUAGCCUCCCUUCGCACUCCGGAGGCGGUGUGCCGGUGUUCCAGGGCUGGGAUGACAGCCUGGCCCAGGAGGGUGAUGAGGUGGGGACAGGCGCCCAGGAGUCCCUGACCCUGGCCUGCCGCCCACCGCUCCAAGGUGUUCUCGGGCCCCGGCUGGAGUCAGAUCCGCCAUGGGCGGAGCUGGAGAGCCGGCUGCUCCGGCCUCAGCACCCCGACCCUCCGACCCGCCGACCCUGCAGCACCGCGCCGCAGGGUCCGGUCCCCGGCCCGCACGCCGGCCGCCCCGGGCCGCCGCUGCCCUAAGCGCCGCCCUCCGCCCUCUCACCCCGCGGCGGCCGCGGCGGCGGAAGCGGGGGGGCGGGCCGGGGCGGGGCCGCGAGCGGCAUGGAGGAGGCGGAGGCCGCGGCGCGCCGGGGCGAGCAGUGCGGGCCCGAGAGGGGCCCGAGUGGGGCCCUGGGCCCCUGAGCUAUUGCUGAAGUCAUGGGCUGGCCAGGGCAGUGGUGACCCCCUUCUCCGUCAUGGAUGACUGGAAGCCCAACCCACUGGUCAAGCCCUUUGGGGCUCGGAAGAAGCGGAGCUGGUACCUUACCUGGAAGUAUAAACUGACAAACCAGCGGGCCCUGCGCAGGUUCUGUCAGACAGGGGCUGUGCUCUUCCUCCUGGUGACUGUCAUUGUCAACAUCAAACUGAUCCUGGACACUCGGCGAGCCAUCAGCGAAGCCAAUGAAGACCUAGAGCCAGAGCAAGACUACGAUGAGAGUGCGGGCCGCCUGGAGUCCCCCCGGCGCCACGGCAGCAGCCCCCGGCGGGUCCUGGAUGUGGAGGUAUACUCCAGUCGCAGCAAAGUAUAUGUGGCUGUGGAUGGCACCACGGUGCUGGAGGAUGAGGCCCGGGAGCAAGGCAGGGGCAUCCAUGUCAUCGUCCUCAACCAGGCCACGGGCCAUGUGAUGGCAAAGCGUGUGUUCGACACGUACUCGCCUCAUGAGGACGAGGCCAUGGUGUUGUUCCUCAACAUGGUGGCACCCGGCCGAGUACUCAUCUGCACCGUCAAGGAUGAGGGCUCCUUCCACCUCAAGGACACAGCCAAAGCUCUGCUGAGGAGCCUGGGUAGCCAGGCUGGCCCUGCUCUGGGCUGGAGAGACACUUGGGCCUUCGUGGGACGAAAAGGAGGUCCAGUUCUUGGGGAGAAGCACUCAAAGUCACCUGCCCUCUCCUCUUGGGGGGACCCAGUCCUGCUGAAGACAGACGUGCCACUGAGCUCGGCCGAAGAAGCAGAGUGUCACUGGGCAGACACAGAGUUGAACCGCCGCCGCCGGCGCUUCUGCAGCAAAGUUGAAGGCUACGGGAGCGUGUGCAGCUGCAAGGACCCCACCCCCAUCGAGUUCAGCCCCGACCCGCUCCCGGACAACAAGGUCCUCAACGUGCCGGUGGCUGUCAUUGCAGGAAACCGACCCAAUUACCUGUACAGGAUGCUGCGCUCCCUGCUGUCAGCCCAGGGAGUGUCCCCACAGAUGAUCACAGUGUUCAUCGAUGGCUACUAUGAGGAACCCAUGGAUGUGGUGGCAUUGUUUGGCCUACGGGGCAUCCAGCACACUCCCAUCAGCAUCAAGAACGCCCGUGUGUCUCAGCACUACAAGGCCAGCCUCACUGCCACUUUCAACCUGUUUCCGGAGGCCAAGUUUGCUGUAGUUCUGGAAGAGGACCUGGACAUUGCUGUGGAUUUUUUCAGUUUCCUGAGCCAGUCCAUCCACCUGCUGGAGGAGGAUGAGAGCCUGUACUGCAUCUCUGCCUGGAAUGACCAGGGGUAUGAACACACAGCUGAAGACCCGGCGCUCCUGUACCGCGUGGAGACCAUGCCUGGCCUGGGCUGGGUGCUCCGGAAAUCCUUGUACAAGGAGGAGCUGGAGCCCAAGUGGCCCACACCAGAGAAGCUCUGGGACUGGGACAUGUGGAUGCGGAUGCCUGAGCAGCGCCGGGGCCGGGAAUGUGUCAUCCCCGAUGUUUCCCGAUCCUAUCACUUUGGCAUCGUUGGCCUCAACAUGAAUGGCUACUUCCACGAGGCCUACUUCAAGAAGCACAAGUUUAACACCGUUCCAGGUGUCCAGCUGAAGAACGUGGACAGUCUCAAGAAGGAGGCUUAUGAAGUGGAGAUCCACAGGCUGCUCAGUGAGGCUGAGGUUCUGGACCACAGCAAGAAUCCGUGUGAAGAUUCUUUCCUGCCUGACACGGAGGGUCACACCUAUGUGGCCUUCAUCCGAAUGGAGAAGGACGAUGACUUCACUACCUGGACCCAGCUUGCCAAGUGCCUCCAUAUCUGGGACCUAGAUGUGCGUGGCAACCACCGGGGUCUGUGGAGAUUGUUUCGCAAGAAGAACCACUUUCUGGUGGUGGGGGUCCCGGCCUCUCCCUACUCAGUGAAGAAACCACCAUCGGUCACCCCCAUUUUCCUGGAGCCACCCCCAAAGGAGGAGGCAGCCCCAGGAGCCGCAGAACAAACAUGAGACACACCCCUUGACUAGGACCCUACGGGGCUGGGUACUAUGUACCCCCCAGGCAGGCUAGCCCUUCACCCCAUCCUGUAGGAUUUUAUAGAGGCUGGUAGGGGCCAGGGCUGGUUUGUUUUUAACAAGAGACUUCACUACUAACCCCGAGGAGAGGGUUCUCCUGCUCCGACACCCAUUGCUGAGUUGGAGGUCUAUUUAUUUGCUUCCUUGUUGGAGAAGGCCAGGAGAGUGCCUGGGAGGCUCUGGGAUCCCGGACAGCUGCUCCUGCCCUUGGAGUGCCCUCUCCCCAGGCCUGGCUCAGAAUCUAACCUAUUUAUUGACCGUCCUGCAGGCCCUGGAGAUAGGCGGGACCUGGAGGGCUUUGAUCCCUUCCUGGGCCGGUGCCCUACCCUGCAGGGUGGUGCUGGCUCUUACUCAGGAAACUGCUGGGUCCAACCCACGGACAUGUGUGGCUGGGACCCACAGGCUGACAUGGACUGAUUCACUCAGAGACCCUCAGACACUGGACCAGGCCUCCUCUCAGCCUCCUCUUUGUCCAGAUUUCCAAAGCUGGAUAAAGGCGGUCAUUGAUUAAAAAAAGAGAAAACUU